CUCUCUCUCUCCCUCUCUCUCUCUCUCACUCCCUUCCCUUGCCCUUGUCAAACACCUAAACCCGAUCAAGACGCGAUCGAACGACGGAUCUCAGGAUGGUGUCCAACAACAAGCGCCACACGAUGAAGGCCAUCAAAAACAAGGACAUGAUUCAUCCCUCCUCAAGAAAGGCACAGCAGGUUAUGCGUGUGGUCCUCCGCAAAGACCGCCUCGAGCACCGUCAAAAGGUCCGCGCCAACAACUCGUUCAACCAGUCCGAUCGCAUCCUUUGGUUCCGUCACGCCGUUCCAGAGGACGUCACCAAUCUGACGCGAGAGCAACACCAUGAGCUCAUUAAGGAAUAUCUCGCCAGAUACGAUGAUGAGUACCAGUCCCUGGUGGCACUCCAUCGCCCAGGAAAGGUCCGCCCAAAGGCUGCACGCGAGGACAUAUUGCUAGGACUCAUGGCCAAGGAGCGACAGGAGUAUGCCUCUGGAUUCGAAAUUCCAGACUUCACGAGCCCCAAGAACGUCAAGUUACUUCGCGAGUGGGAUGGUGAUCUCAACUCUCUCAACCGUAUCAGGAUGCUGCGUCUCAAUGAUCCUAAACAUCUUGCCAAGCUGGCUGCUGCAGUUGCUGGAUCGGCUGCCGCAGGAUUGGCUACCUCUCAGGCCACCGAGGGCUCUGCCAUGCAGGAAUGAAAAGCACUCAACAAGCCCUCAUUACAUUAAUUCUUUUGCUUGUUCGUCUGUGCUGUAUGCAUUUCUGCAGUUGUAUCCAUACAUACCCCAGUGUCGCCAUUUCUUUUUGUUCUUUCUUUCGUUUGUAUACUAUUGCAUUUUCAUCCCACGCAUUGGCAACCCCAAUUGUACUCUAGAACAAAUAAAAGCUGUAAAUGAUACAUUA